AUGUCCAUGCUGGCUGAGCGUCGGCGGAAGCAGAAGUGGGCUGUGGAUCCAAGAAACACUGCGUGGAGUAAUGAUGAUUCCAAGUUUGGCCAGAGGAUGCUAGAGAAGAUGGGCUGGUCUAAAGGAAAGGGUUUAGGAGCUCAGGAGCAAGGAGCCACAGAUCAUAUUAAAGUUCAAGUUAAAAACAACCACCUGGGACUUGGAGCUACAAUCAAUAAUGAAGACAACUGGAUUGCUCAUCAAGAUGAUUUUAAUCAGCUUCUGGCUGAACUGAAUACUUGCCAUGGCCAGGAAACAAUAGACUCCUCAGACAACAAAGAGAAGAAAUCUUUUAGCCUUGAAGAAAAGUCUAAAAUUUCAAAAAACCGUGUUCAUUAUAUGAAAUUCACAAAAGGGAAGGAUCUCUCAUCUCGGAGCAAAAUGGAUCUUGAUUGCAUUUUUGGGAAAAGACAGAGUAAGAAGACUCCUGAGGAUGAUUCCAGUCCCACCACUCUAGAUGAGAAUGAAACUUCCACUACAACAACCAGUGCCUUAACCAUCCAGGAAUAUUUUGCCAAGAGGCUGGCAGAGCUAAAGAACAAGCCACAAGUCAGUGCUACAGAUCCUGACCUUUCAGAGGCCUGCAUUGAAUGGAAAAGGGGAAAGAAAAGAAACAAUGCAGCAAAAGAUAAAAAUUUGGAGAAGAACACCCAACUCAAGGCCAAGCAGCCUAAAAAAGAAAAGUCUCAGGAACAAGAAGAGAGCCCCAAGUGUGUGGCCAAGAAGAAAAGAGACCAAGUUGAACAGCAGCCCAGAGACUCUUGUUGUGAUGAGAAUUCUGAAUCUUAUGCCAAGAUCAGAGAGGAUUAUGUGUGGCCACCUGAUGACCACGACUUUACCUCAAAGCCCAAAAAAAGGAAAGAAAAGAAAAAGCUGGAAAAGGAAGCAAAGGUAGCUGUGGACUACAUGCUAGAUGAAACACUAGGGAAAAAGAAGAAAAGUUCCAAAUAA